UUUUAAUUUACAAAAUGCAACAAGUCUUAAAUUCCCAUAUCAAGAUUCAAGACUUAAACUUUUAAAGUAUGCGUUUUUACUAAACAUGUAGUAACAAUUAAAUAACAAUAAUUAUGACUACUGUUUCAACUACUUGCGAUAUAAUGGAAAUGAUGAAGGGACAUGGAUCGAAUUUUAAUAUGUCCACUGUUAUGCAGUGUGUUCAAGAAUUAAAAGCCUGGCAAGAAAUGCAACAACAAAAAUCAGAGAAUGAACCAACGAUGGAUUUGUUAAGAAACGAAAUGGAAGAUUUAUUGCAAUCAUUUGAUGUACCUGAAGGCAUUCAAGAAAACCAUAAUGAUUAUUGUGUAUCUUCAUACUCAGGGAUUGACGAAGAAUUUUUGCAUAGACUAGGAUACAAAAUAAAUAACCAUAAAGAAGAACAUUGUAUUUCAGAGACUGAAUGUGAUGAAAAAUCAUUAUACAAUCUAAACAUUUUGAAUGAAAAUUUUAAUUCUUCUCCUAAGCAUAAUUCAAGAGACAAUCUAGUAAUAUUGUCUCCGAAUAAACAUUUUAAUCAAUGUAAAGGAAAGUCUAUAGAUGAAAAUGAAAAGGUAUUAAAAGAAAACCAGUCUAAACAAAUAAAUGAUUAUGACACCGAAAAAAAAAAAAAGAAACCAUACUUAAAAAAAGGUGCAGGUUUAGCAAGAUAUGGUUUAAAUUUAGAAGAAGUUAGAAAUAAAAAAGGAAAAUUAAAAUUCAACAAACCGAUAAUUCCAUCAAAAGAGUUCAAAAGCUUAAAACAAAUGAAAACAUUACCCAAAAUAGAACAAGGUAAUUACUUUGUUGAAAGUACUCGUCUAAAUUUAGAAAAAGUUAAACAAGUUGAUUCUUGGAAUAGAUAUGAACCUAAAAAUGUACCUAUAAAUUAUGAUUUUGAAAAAAUCAGAGAACAAAAAGAAUUACAAGCAUUUGAGAUUUUGGAGGAACGCGCUAAUGAAUCAAAUUUUAAUGCAUCUUCUCCUAGUGUGCAUCAGCUCCUUGAAGGAGCAGUUAAUUUAAAUUGUAAUAAGGAAACGCAAUCAACAAGAUCUGCCCGUUCUCUUAACUUUAACCAAGUAAACACAUCUACUCCUAAUAAACUACUUAAAGGUUCUGAUGAUGCAUAUUCAGAUUGUAGCCAAGAAUGUGAUCCAUUAGAUUUAACAGAAGAAAACAAAAAGGAUAUGUUUUCAAAGAAUAUUAAAAGACAACAAACAUUUACAAAAUCCAAUCAACCUAAGCUCACAGAAAAUGAAAAAAAAUAUUUAGAAAAUUAUACUUCAACUAAUCCUGUAAUUAAUCCAAAUUUAGAACAAUCUUUUAACACAGAAUUACUAACAAAAAGAUUGGAGGAGUUAGAAUCUGAGAUUGAAACAUUUCGUGUUGAAAAUGCUAAAUUAGCUAAGUUGCAACGUGAAUUUCAAAUUGAAAGAAAACAAUUCUACAAGAGUAAAGAUGAUCUUAUAAAAAAACAUAAUGACGAACGAAAAGUGAAUGAAGACAAGUUAGCUGAGGAAAAGAAAAAAUUUGCAAAAGAAAAGGCUAAUUUUGAAAAAAAUGCUAGGGAACUUAGAAAUAAACCUAAUAAACAGGAAAGAGAAGAAAUAAAAAUACUUAAAGAGCAGCUAGCAGAGUUAAAAGAAGAAUUCAACAAAAAGGAAUCCAGGUGGUCUACUGGCCAAGCCCGAUUAAGAAACCAAGUUAAAGUAUUAGAGAAUGCAAAUACUGCUCUACGUAGUGAAUUAGAAGUUGUAAAAAAGAUGUCAUUGAAUAAAAAAGUUACUUUUAAAACUACUCAAGAAAAACAAGCUUUAAAAAAAACAAAAAUGAUUCAUAAUGUUAAUAAUGAACUAAGUAAACUUACUCCAGAUAUGGUUUUAUCAAUGGUUGACCCUACGUUAAAAAAAGUUCCAGCAUCAAUUUUGAGAAAACCAUCUACAUCAACAGAAUAUGAUGAAUCGUCAGAAUGUUCAUCUGAUGAAAAUCAGUUUAGUGAAAAUAUAAUAACCAAUGAUGACAGUGACUUUUCAGAUAAAGAUAAUAAUCCUAAUAAUUCUGGAAUUAUUCGGGAAACAGUAUUAGAAGAUGGCCGUAAGGAAAUAUUAUAUUCAAAUGGGAAUUUGAAGAAAAUUUCAUCAGAUGGACUAAAUAUAAAGAUAAUUUAUUAUAAUGGUGAUGUGAAGGAAACACGACACGAUUGUGAACGGUAUUACUUUUCAAAAAACAAAACUUAUCAUACAACUUUUAAAAAUGGCCUUGAAAUUAUUGAGUUCCCCAAUGGACAAAUUGAAAAGCAUUAUAAUGACGGCAAAGUUGAAAUUGAUUAUGUAAAUGGGAAAAAGCACACUGUAUACACUGAUGGUAAAGAAGUAUGGAAUUAUUUAGAUGGUUCAGUUUUGACAGUUAAUCCAAAUGGACAACGUGAAUUAGUAUUACAAAAUGGACAAAGAGAAAUACAUACUAGCGAAUUUAAGAAACGAAUAUUUCCAGAUGGAACAACAAAAAUUGUUUAUCCAGAUGGAUCACAAGAAACUAAAUACCCAGAUGGUAGAAUUCGGAAAAAAGACAAGGAUGGAAACUUAACCCUGGACUCAAAUGUUUCUUAAAGUACAUUUGAAUUAAUAUAGUAUACAUAUAUAUAUAUAUUUUUUUUUUAUAAUGUUUGUUGUACUCAGGCAUAACUUAAAAUUUUUAAUUUAAUUUAAUUUUUGUAACAUUUGUUUUGAGAUUAUACAUUCAAUUUUAUAAUAGUUGAGUAUUGCUAAGCAACCUUUUAGUGUGUAAAGCAGGCUUCUUUAACUGCAAAAUAGUUCUAAAUUAAGGAUACCAAUACACAGUCAAAGACCAAAAUAAUAUUAUAAACACCACCAGAGGGUUGAAUUUAACUUGCUAUUUAGUAUAUAUUGGUUUAGUCCAUAAUUUUUUUAAAAAUGUACAUCUAAAUCGAUUUUUUUAGAUAUAUUUUAUGAGCAGUAUGGACAAAAUCCCCGUAUGAAUAAAGUUUAUUAUAUAUA